CAAAGCUUCCUUCCCCUGCUUUCAAUUUUGUUUGCCUGUCACAACAAACAACUCCUGCGUGAUUGUCUGCAUCGCUGUCUCUAUAAAUAGAAGAUGCUGCGUGUUCACUUUUACCUUCUCCUUCAUUCACCCUUCAAUGGAGAAGAUAGGAUCACUCUUUCUUGAUAUUCUAUGCACAAUUUUUGCCGUUUUGGUUUCCUCUGGGCUUUCGAGAACACUCCCACUGAACUCUGAAACCUCUGUUCUUGACAUUUCUGCAGCACUAUCCAAAACUCAAGAGCUGUUCUUACUGAAUUCGAAAAAUGUGUUGCCCUCGAAGCACCAAGAGCACCACCGAAGAUCCGUCGGUUCUCCCGUUUCCGCCCUCAGUUUCCAGGUGCAUUCUCGCAUGUUCGUCCAGGGAUCUCCGGAGAAGGACUACCAAGCCCUAACGUUAACUAGACUGGCCCGUGAUUCGGCGAGAGUAAAAGCGAUUCAGAGUCGGUUAGAUCUAGCGAGUUCAGAUACUAAUAUGAUGCCAUUGGAAGAAGAAGAAGAAGAAGAAGAAAAGAUCAAAGGUCCAGUGAUUUCAGGUACCGGUCUAGGGAGCGGCGAGUACUUUUGCAGAAUCGGAAUCGGUAAUCCACCAACUCAAGCUUACAUGGUGCUCGACACAGGUAGUGAUAUCAACUGGGUGCAGUGCGAGCCCUGCGCAGAUUGCUACCAGCAAUCGGAUCCGAUUUUCAACCCUGGUGUGUCUUCUUCAUUUAAUCCCCUCACUUGCGAGGCUGAGCAGUGCAGAUCGCUUGAACUAUCGGAGUGCCGCAACGACACCUGCCUCUAUCAAGUCUCCUAUGGCGAUGGUUCUUACACCGUGGGCGAUUUCGUGACGGAGACUAUUACUUUCAGCGAUUCGGCUGCAGUUCCCAACGUAGCUAUGGGCUGUGGACACAACAACGAAGGACUGUUUAUCGCGGCCUCCGGCUUAAUCGGAUUAGGCGGCGGCAAAUUAUCCCUUCCGUCUCAAAUCAACGCCUCCUCAUUUUCUUAUUGCCUUGUGGAUCGCGAUUCUGACUCGUCCUCGACGCUGGAGUUCAACUCCGCCCCGCCGGCUUCAACCGUUUUCGCUUCCCUAAUCCGUAACUCGAAGCUCGACACAUUCUAUUACCUGGACAUAACAGGAAUCAGCGUCGCUGGAGAACUACUCUCGAUUCCGGCGUCAACUUUCCGGCUGGACGAGAACGGCGACGGCGGAAUGAUCGUGGAUUCGGGAACAGCCAUCACGAGGCUGGGAACGGAGGCGUACAAUGCGAUGCGCGACGCGUUCAAGAAGGGCACGGGGAAUUUGAAGCUAAUCGAGGGCGUGGCACUGUUCGACACCUGCUACGAUCUGAGCACGCUGAAGAGCGUGGAGGUUCCGACGGUGUCGUUCCAGUUCUCGAACGGGAAGGAGCUGCAACUUCCGGCGAAGAAUUACAUGAUUCCUGUCGACUCGACGGGGACUUUCUGCUUCGCAUUCGCCCCGACGUCGUCGUCGCCGGGGAUUCUGGGGAAUGUUCAGCAGCAAGGGACUCGUGUCAGUUACGAUCUUGCUAAUUCUCAAAUUGGCUUCAAAUCCAAUAGUUGCUGAGUGCAAGAAUUUUCGUUUUCAUCCCUCUACUUUACUCUAUUUAUUUUCUACUCUUUUUUUUUUUUUCUCGUGGGCUUGGCAUUAAAUAAUGGUAAAUCCAUAGGCUGACCUCACAAAUAGUAUGUAAUUAUUUCCACUUGCACAUUCUGAUUAAGGCUUCAAUUAUACGAAAAACAGCCACUCCACUUUCAAGAUAAA